AUGGGUGAAGCUGACGGUCGUCGAGAGCGAGAAUGUGACCCCCGACGAUCCAGGGACGACUCAUAUGAUCUGGAUCUGGACCUUGACCCCGACCUCCGCCGUGAGCGCGAUCUCGAACGCGGUUGGUGCUCGCGGCCAGACUCGUACACCGAACUUGGGGUUCGCGACCCGCUCAGACUUCUUCUUCGAGAACGCGAUCGACUGCGGCUCCUGGACCGACGGACGUUGGGCCUGUCAUCGCGACUGGCGUUCCUGCUCCUCGAACUGGAAUAUCCGCGCCCUCUUCUCGCGUCUCGAUCGGAGCGGGUGGAAUCUAUAUGGCGCAGGGCAGGAAGAUGCGAUCUCGGUUCGGCGGCGGAGUUUCUGGACGAGAACGAGUCUUCGCUUGACGUCCGACGUCGCUUGGAGGGAGGAUCUGGGUCGAUGUCCAUGAUUUCGUCGUGA